CACUGACUCUCAGUCUGGCCUGAGUCUCGAGUGUGCUCAGACCUCUCAGCAGCAGCCUGCCUCUGAGUCCCUGUCAUCUCUCUCUCUGCUGGCUGAUUUCUCUCUUCCAUCAUCACUGCUCCACUGCCUCCCCUCCCUCGCCUCCACCUCCUCUCUCCCAGUGUCUCAGCCCUGUGCCUCGCCUCUCUGCUUUGACUGUCUCGGUGGGCAGGUGGUGGUGGUGGGUGGGGGGGGGUUGGACGGUAGCCGGUCAUGAACACCAAAUCCUCGCUGGACGGGAGCGCCGACCACCUGAAAUACAGGGAGGCUCAGGAGAUUCCCCCUCUGAGGAACUAUCUCUGUCUCACCAUGUUCACCUGUUUCUGCCCUGCAUGGCCCAUCAAUAUUGUGGCGCUGGUUUUCUCUGUGCUGGCCCAAAAGAGCUAUGACGAAGAGGAUUAUGAAGGCUCCAAGCGGCUGGGUCGGAAAGCUCUCCACCUGGGGAUUGUUUCUUUUGUCAUUGGCGUUGCGAUCGUCACUGCGUACACCGCUGUGCACUUUACCACGCAUGUGGUGUGACCUCUUGAUGAGGAAGAGGAGGUGGAAGUGGAGAAGAGGUGAUGGAGAGAUCAGCUCUGCCUGGCUUCUGUCAUCCACAGCUCUGCAGGAG